UUGGUAAACUUGGCCACAGGCUUGUGUUUUUUUUGGCACUGUCUGUCCUUCAGAUUCCAGUUAAGAUCGGGAGCGACCACGAGCGGCGGUCAAUUAGGGUUCGUGACGGAUUUACAGGCGAUCCGAAGGGUGGUUCGAGGGUUUUGAUCUCGCAAUUAAGAUGCCUCCUCGGUCAGCGAAGAAGACGGCGGGGCCGAGAAAGACAGCAGCUAGGACGCCCAGGGCGACGUCAAAGGCUCAGACCGAGGCCGAGGUUGUGGAGGAACCCGUCGAGGCGGAACAGGUCCCGGAACCCAUCGUGGUGGUGAAGGAGGAGGUUAAGGCCAAGGAGAUCGCCGUCAGGGACAAGCAAUUCGACCUCAAUUCCAGCGAGAUUGGGCUUGAUUCUGUGGAGGCUGAAUAUGAAGAGGUUGUAAAGGUGGGUUACCUGGAAGAAGAUAAUGGUGAAAGAUUAGAGUUAGAGGACAAUGAGGCAGAGUAUGAACAUGAUGAGGAUGCUGCUGUCGAUUAUGAUGAGAAGUAUGUUGAGAAUGAAGUACAAGAAGAUUAUAUUGAUGAAGGAGAGGGUGAUGUGAUUGAAGAGGAUGAAAUUGAUAUGGUUGAUGAAGAAAUUGUGGAUGAUAGGGAUCACUUAGAGGUUGAAGAAGACGAAAAUGUUGAGGGAGAGCACAGGAUUAAUGCUGAAGAAGAAGAACAGCAUAAAGUAGUUGAAGAACAUAGAAAGCGGAAGGAGUUUGAAAUAUUUGUUGGUGGCCUAGAUAAAGAUGCUAACGAAGAUGAUCUCAAGAAAGUUUUUUCUCAAGUGGGUGAGAUCACAGAGGUUCGGCUAAUGAUGAACCCUGUAACGAUGAAGAACAAAGGGUUUGCAUUCUUGCGGUUUGCAACCAUGGAGCAGGCAAAACGUGCUGUAUCGGAGCUCAAGUCUCCUGUGGUGCGUGGUAAGCAGUGUGGAGUUGCUCCAAGUCAAGACAGUGAUACAUUGUUUGUGGGUAAUAUUUGCAAGUCUUGGACCAAGGAACAUUUUAAGGAAAAACUUAAAAGCUAUGGAGUUGAGAAUGUAGAAGAUGUUACCCUUGUUGAGGAUACAAAUAAUGCAGGAAUGAAUCGUGGUUUUGCCUUCCUGGAGUUCUCAUCGCGCACUGAAGCGAUGGAUGCUUACAAGUUCUUGCAGAAGAGAGAUGUAGUGUUUGGUGUAGAUAGGACUGCUAAGAUUGCAUUUGCAGAUUCUUUCAUUGAUCCAGAUGAUGAAAUUAUGGCCCAGGUUAGAACUGUUUUCAUUGAUGGCCUGCCUGCUAUGUGGGAUGAAGACCGGGUAAGGAAUUGCCUCAAGAAAUAUGGUGUAAUUGAGAAAGUUGAGCUUGCUCGAAAUAUGCCUGCUGCCAAAAGGAAUGAUUUUGGAUUUGUUACUUUUGACACUCAUGAUAAUGCUGUUGCAUGUGCUGAUGGUAUUAACAAUACCAAUCUUGGGGAAGGUCAGAACAAGGUCAAAAUUAGGGCUAGAUUGUCCAGGCCACAUCAACGAGGAAGAGUGAAACGUAGUCUUCAUGGAAGUUUCAAGUCUAGUCGGGAUUUUCCUCGAAGUGGCCAUGUAUCAUAUCACCAGCCUCCACUUACUAGGUUUUCAAGUUAUGCCUAUAGACCUGUUGGUGCUCGUGGUGUGCCAAGUGGCAGUCGCAGUAUGAAGAAACCUCUUGGAUACAGGGAUAGACACCCUGAGAUGAUAGUGGCAGAGAGGGUAAGGCGUUUGCCACCACCAGAGAGGUCCUACCAGAGAAGGCUGCCUGCACCAGUUGAUCCAUAUCCAAGGAUUAGUAACAGGAGGGACUAUGGGCGACGUGAUGACCUACCACCUCCUAGAAGCCGAGCUGUUCCAGAAUAUGGUUCCCGAGUGCCUAUCGAGAGAGUCCCAUCUUAUAAAGAUGAUUACUCCUUUCAAGAGUCUGGUUAUUCUGAAUUGCCACCGCGUAGUGCCUCUCGCCCCAGUGACAGGAGGGUGUACAUUGAUGAGGAGUAUGAGCGGAAACUUGAUCGUCCUCUCCCUACAUAUCGAGAAGGGCGUGGCCGGGAUUAUGUUUCAGUUUCUGGAUCAAAACGUCCUUACUCAGAAAUGGAUGAUCCUCGUUAUGCUGAUGUAAGUAUACGUCAAUCAAGGGCUCGUUUGGAUUAUUCUGUUAGUGGUAGCGGAGCUCAGUAUGGACAUGCUUAUAGUGAUAGGAUUGGCCAAGAGCAUGUUGGAUAUGGUAGCACCCGGGGUUCCCUUUCUGGUCAUGAUAGCUUGUACGGGACUCGUCAGGGAAUUACUUAUGCUCGGGGUUCAACUAGCAGCAGUGCAGGUGGAGCAUACUCAUCAAGCUUCAGUGGUGGCUAUUUGUCACGUGGAUCUGAUGGUGGCGGUGGCUCAGCUUCAUCAUCUUUCAUGCCUGGGCGUAGUUUGAGUAGCCGUGGAUAUGCUGGCAGCGGUGGAUCUGGUUCAUACUAUUAAGAUCUGACAGUAAAGAAGGCUGGUGUAGGCUGUGGAUUGUAGGAAGCUUCCGAUGGUUGUCUGCAUGCUAAAAAAGAUGGCUAAUACUGAGCACCUUAGCCUUUUUCCCUGUGUGUUUUUUUUUUCUGUGAGAGAACUUGGUGAAAUCAAAUUAAGAAGCAGCAAUCUGUACGGUGUGGUCAGGCCCCUUAUUUCAACUUGAACCUUUAAUUAGUGUUAUUCAUUGUAAGGGAAUUUAAUCUGCUGAGUGAGAAUAUGGAACAUCAAGAAACUUAUGAUGUGGUAUGUAUGAAGCAUGUUGUUUUCACUGCUUUGAGACAGUUGGAUGGAGAAAGGUUUUAGCAGUUAUGUUAUAA